CCAAGGUUUGGUGAACAAGCAGCAGAAUGUAACGGUGCUUCUCACAGGCUGUCCUCACAUCUCCUCGGCCAUCACAAUCCUCCUCCCCCCAUCUCCCUAUUUUCUACUCGGACGGUGCGGGGAUUCGGUGUUUUUCGGGGGAUGGGUGUUGCACGGACGGUCAGCAAAAAGGCGACUAACGUUUGAGAAAAUAUGUCCAACAUCCUCGAUGCGGCGUCCAGAGUGAAAUGGGACCGCGCGACUGCGGCGAAGAGAGCCGUGUUCCUGGCGGCUGCGGCGUACGGCGUGAGGACCCUGUAUCCCGUCAUCUGGAAGCAGCUCUGCGGGAACAAAAAGCCGAGCAGCGGCCGCCGGGCGUCCAGGGCGGAGAACGGCUCGACGUGCUCCGCGAAGGCGCGGAUAGACGUCGCGGGCGACAAGAAGGCAUCCCCGGGAGUCGACGCGGAGUUUUUCAAGCAGAUCCUGGAACUCGGUAGAAUCCUCUUCCCCAGGCUCGUCUCCAAGGAGCUGGGUUUGCUGUGCUUGCACUCGGUGGCACUGAUAUCCAGGACGUUUCUGUCUAUCUACGUGGCCAGCUUGGACGGGAAGAUCGUCAAGACGAUCGUGGAGAAAAACCCCCGGCACUUCAUCAUCCAGCUGAUGAAAUGGCUCCUCAUCGCGAUCCCGGCCACGUUCGUCAACAGCGCCAUCCGGUACCUGGAGUGCAAGCUGGCGCUGGCCUUCCGCACACGGCUGGUCAGCCACGCUUACCGGACCUAUUUCACCGACCAGACUUACUAUAGAGUCAGCAACAUGGACGGGAGGCUCGCCAACCCGGACCAGUCGCUGACCGAGGACGUGAUGAUGUUCUCCCAGUCGGUGGCCCAUCUGUACUCCAACCUCACCAAGCCGAUCCUGGACGUGAUGCUGACCUCCUACACGCUGAUCCAGACCGCCAGGGCGAGGGGCGCCAACGCCAGCGGGCCGACCCUGCUGGCCGGGCUGGUGGUCUUUGCCACGGCCAAGGUCCUGCGUGCGUGCUCCCCCAGGUUUGGCAAGCUGGUCGCGGAGGAAGCGCACAGAAAGGGCUACCUACGCUACGUGCACUCCAGGAUCAUUGCUAACGCUGAGGAAAUAGCUUUUUACAGAGGACACAAGGUGGAGAUGUGCCAGCUGCAGAAGUGCUACCGGGCCCUGGCCGACCAGAUGAACCUGAUCCUGUCCAAGCGCCUCUGGUACAUCAUGAUCGAGCAGUUCCUCAUGAAAUACGUAUGGAGCGGCUCCGGCCUCGUCAUGGUGGCCGUGCCCAUCAUUACGGCCACGGGCUUCGCCGACAAUGAAACGGCAGACGGACGGGCGCAGAUGAUGGUGAGCGAGAGGACGGAGGCGUUCACCACCGCCCGCAACCUCCUAGCGUCUGGAGCCGACGCCAUCGAGAGGAUUAUGUCCUCCUACAAAGAGGUCACAGAGCUGGCAGGUUACACGGCGAGGGUCCACAACAUGUUUGUGGUGUUUGAGGACGUCCAGAGGGGGAUCUACAAGCGUUCCUCUCUGUCCGCCACCACAGGAACGACGCUGAAAAGCAAACCCGAGAUGCACAUAGACGGGCCGCUGGAGAUAAAAGGCGAAGUGAUUGACGUGGACAGAGGCAUCGUGUGCGAGAACGUCCCGAUCAUCACGCCGAAUGGGGAUGUGGUGGUGUCGUGCCUGAAUUUAAAGGUGGAAGAGGGCAUGCACCUGCUGAUCACGGGCCCAAACGGAUGCGGGAAAAGCUCGCUGUUCAGGAUCCUCAGCGGGUUGUGGCCCGUCUACGGCGGCCGCCUGUACAAGCCUUCGCCUGAGCACAUGUUCUACAUUCCUCAGAGGCCAUACAUGUCAAUGGGCUCUCUGCGAGACCAGGUGAUCUACCCAGACUCAGUGGAGGACAUGGUUGCCAGAGGGCUGACCGACAAGGACCUGGAGUCCAUCUUGGACAUCGUCAACCUCAAUCACAUCGUCACCAGAGAGGGAGGCUGGGAUGCUGAGCUAGACUGGAAGGACGUUCUGUCCGGAGGCGAGAAGCAGAGGAUGGGCAUGGCUCGCAUGUUCUACCACAAGCCCAAAUACGCCCUGCUGGAUGAGUGCACCAGUGCUGUGAGCAUCGACGUGGAGGGAAAGAUUUUCCAGGCCGCCAAGGAUGCCGGCAUCUCGCUGCUCUCCAUCACACACCGACCGUCCCUGUGGAAGUACCACACCCACCUGCUGCAGUUCGAUGGCGAGGGCGGCUGGCGUUUCGAGGAGCUGGACUCGGCGACCCGCCUCUCCCUCACUGAGGAGAAGCAGCGGCUGGAGGCCCAGCUCGCCGGCAUCCCCGAGAUGCAAAACCGCCUCAACGAGCUCUGCAAGAUCCUGGGAGACGACUCCGUCCUCAAAACAGCCGAGGAGUGAGAGCAAAGACGGGAGGUGGAGGCGACGAAGGAAAGCAAAAUCUAGCAGCUUUCCGUUAGCUUUUUUCUUUUUUUUGGCUCCAAAAGGGAGCUUCUCAAGACUUGAAACCUGCUGUCUCCAACCCCCUUUUAUUCCUACACACCGACUGAAUGUUCAGUCGUACUUUCAAAAGUUGGGUUUUAGCAGUUGUUACAAGCAAAAGCAACAGAAACGACAGAUUAACUAAAAUGAUUGUUCAGUUUGUGAUCUAAUAGCACUUUACAUUUAGAGGGCCGCCUCUAAAUUGUUGUAAUUGUUCAUGCUGACAUAAAGGCAUCAGUUAUUCGGGUUUUUUUUAUUUUUAUUUUUUUACCCAAAGCAGUAUUGCAAGUGAUGACAAAAGUCGGCUGUCAUUCAGUUUUUUUUGUAGCUCCGGCUUAUCAAAAUAUUUUUCUGUAGCAAAAGUUCCGCUUCUAUUUUUCAUACCUUUUCUUAAACCGUUUUCUGGCAUUUCACGUCGUCUCCCGAAGCUCCUGCCGCAGGGAGCAGAGGAGCAGGGGAGCAGGGGAGCAGGGACAGAAGCAGAUGUUUGAUUGUUGUCCUUCAGCGCACGCGGAUGUUUUGCUCCUGGUCAAGCCGGUUGCUAUGACAACAGCCGUGGUUCUGCCGUCGACACAAACACACACGUCCGCUGAGAUAUAGCGACGGAAGAGCGCCUGUAGUUUACGGUUAUUAUCCGGUCUCAAGGCGAACCAUCCCGACUUUUCCUAAACUCAAGUUCAAACGACGUCUCCUCUGACCGUUUGUUAUGGGACUUUUUAUGGCGUUCUUUCUCUUAAAAAACAGUUUUUCCGAACGUUUAGUGGAUUGAGCCUAAUUCUCAAUUAUAAAAAGUGCUUUUUUUUGUUGUUUUUAAAUGCACUUUAUUGUUCCCGAAAGCUGUUGAUUGCACGUCCUGUGGCGUGCAUGGAGGAAAGGCUGCACUUGAGGAUUGUCUAGACGUUCUACAUUUUUACUUUCCGCUGAUCAGAUUGGACGUUGCGAUACUGUGAAUCUACCGAAUUGUGACGCAAACUCAACCACUUCCUCCUCUUCAGGGUUUUUUUUUUUUUUUUGGCCUGAUCGGGUUCAAACCUGUGUACACGCUCGCUGCGUCCUGCAUGAAUCAAAUCGAGAGCAGGAGCUUCUGCCUUAUGAAUAUGAAUAUUCAAGUGAUCCGAAAUAUUUUUUUACCGCAGCACAACCUGUUAAUACCUUGUUUUAUGUAGAUGUUUGAAGUAAUAACGUUUAAAGAACCACUGCUUCAUUUUAUGAAAUUCAUCGUACAAUUGUUUUUAAAACUGAGGCUGAGCAACACAGUAUUGCCCCACCCCCACCUGUUGCUGCCUCGCUUUUUCAGACAUUCGGCUGUCUAUAAAAAAAAUUAUUUUUAAAAAAGUUCGUCAAUUGAUUGCAGAGGUUUUGCAGUGGUGAGAAUGAUGCUUUUUGGUUUUAAAUAAACACGGUUCUUUUUUUAAAAUGUUUUUUUUUUAAUACCUUUCUCUUUUUGUAAAUUCCGUGUGAAGGCAGCGCCGCAGUGAAACUGUGAGGUUUUCACAGGAUCUCCAACCAGCCCGAAGCCCAUGGCAGCAGAGAAGUAAAACUGACAAUCAACACCAUCGUGGGCAGAAUGUAAACAGACGUGCUGCUGUUUUUAUUUUUAUUUUUUAAGACAUAAAGCAUUUGAACCGAGCCGUGAUGACGUUUCCUACUGAACAUGCAACGUGUCGGGACGGAGCAAUCUCAAAACCUUCAAUCAUGACUUUAAAGAAAGCUUUGAGUGUUUCUACUAUUUCUGAUGGGCUUUUUUUUCCCCUCACGAAAUAAAAAAAACAACAUAAAUGAAGAGCAAAGAAAAAAGCUGCUGAAAAUUUAAACAGCUACUAGUAUUUUUUUUAAAUAAUGGUCAUGUAAUGCUAUGAAAUGCAUAGAGAUGAUGAAUUCAUUUGGUAUGAAAGAAGCACCUUUUAAAGUAGAUUUUUUUUUUUGUUUGUAGAUGAGAUGGAUUUCCUGCUUUCAGCCCAGACUUUGUUGAUAAGGGGACGCACAAGCCGCUGAAUGACACAGAGUCUGCCGAGUAACACUCGAGCGCGAGGGCAGCUUGAAGUGGUUCUUGGUUGUUAGUUUGUUUUUAAGUGAAAAAGAAAAUAAUCUUCACGUUGAAAGGAUGGGGUAGAAAAUGAUGGAGUGCCCUCUUCCUGAUCUAAUUGUGCCCUUUUGUUAAGAUUGUGUUCAGAUUUGUUUUAAAUAAUAUUUUACAUGUUUUAGGUAACAAUGGUUCUCUGCCCCAGUUUUUCCCCCAAUAAAAAUCCUAAAGCUUGAUACUAAACUGC